CCGCACAACGUUUCUAUAGGGAUCUGCUGGUUUGUUCAUCGCCAUGGAUACUUUCUCCAAACCCUAGGCGCUAUUCCCUGAUGCUCUGAUUCUCUUUCCCCAUCGGUUCUACGCCGCCUCACUGCAACAUUGUUCAGCGCUCGGCCUCUCUUCUUCCCCGUGACUUCGUCUACUACAGGCUACCGCUGCAUCAAAGUUAACCUAGAAAAGCUUGCAUCAGAGACAAUCAAACUAUAGAUAAAAAAAUUUUGAUUGAUGGGUUGGUGAUAUAGUGAGCUGAAUCUCUGCUUCAAUUUGAUGCAAAUGGAGAGGGAGAUUGGUGUGGUAGAAGAGAGACUAAAGUCAUUCACAGCUCAGCUGCAUACAGAAUGUGGUAUUCUCGACCGCCUUGUUUAUAAGCACAAAAAUCAACAUCGACGGUGCUCUUACUUUCAGUAUGUACUCAAGGUGAGGAGGGAUUUGAACCUUUUGAAGUCCACAAAUAUGGAGGAGAUUCUGGAUUCGGCAUUUAUAGUGAUCAAUGGAAAUAGGCCAAAGCAAAAGGUCCAACUUCUGGAAAGCUUGAAGCGUAGAAAGUGCAGUAGUGGCAAAUACAAUUUUUUGGUGAGGUUGUUGGGUUUUAGCCGUCUAUUGUCUCAGAUUUCCGAGCCAUUGCUGAAGGCAGCUAUGGAGAUAUCGACUCUUCUUGCUAGGUCAUUUUUUAUGAAGUUUUCGUUGACAAUAUUAUCUGUGCUUGCACGCAUUCGAGUAUUAGUUCAGCAGAUGCUUUUGGAUGUCGUACUUAUAUACAAUACUGUUUCCCGUCUUUCUCAUAAAGAACAGAUUGUGAAAUUAAAUCAAGAAGGAUUUGAGGUCUUUAGAGAAAUUUAUCCCGGGAAAGAGAAAGAAUCUUUAAUGCUAGAAUGCGUUUGGCAGACGGAUAAAUAUAUAUUAGUUGAGAAGACGUGCGAAAAUGAGAACAAUACUCGAGCAACAGCAGCCGAACAAGUUGAUGUCCCACUUAAAGCAUCGAAUAUACAGUACAACAAUAUCGAGGUCUUACUCGGAGAUUCAAUCCACACAAAAAAAGAAGGCGUCGACCCUAUACACAACAAUGACCAUAAGAACACCCCAACCCCAAAUGGAGCUGGGUCUUCAAAUGGUAAUAACAUAGGUCCCCUAAUGGACAGGUCAGCAGGAUCAUCAGCCUCUGAGACGAACAGUGAGAAGUUGCACGAAGAUGGUUUCUCUGUGCCUGAAUUUGUCGACCUCGGCAGUACUUGCCGGGAACCUGGUUUAACGGCUAAUGCUAUCACGCCCUCUCGUCACAUUGAACUAAGAAAAGAUGCGAAAAGGAAGAAGAAGACGGUCGCAUUUGUAUCUGUUAAUGCACCGGCUUCUUCGACUGUAGGGGAAUCAAAAUCAGCUUUGCACGAAAAAGGUAUCGACAAGAAAGAUCCAUUUUUCGACCUCCUCACCGGUGGAGGUAUGAAUAGUAGUUUCUCUUAAGCUAUAUAUAUUGAUGGGGGAAUUAGUGGCUUUUUAUUUAUUUAUUUUAAAAAAAAUUUCAAGUUAAAAAUUUUGGAAAUAGUGAAAAAUUGAGUAUUUAAUAUGAUGUUACGUGAGAUUAAAGAAAUAUUUAAUGUGGUCGGGUUAGCAAAAAUAUGAAAUUGAAAUAAUUUUAUCGACUUGAAAUUUGGUUCCCGCAGUUUGGGUUCGAGACUACAAAUUUUUAUUCUAAAUUUCAUGCGUCCAUGUGUAAACUGUAUAAAAGUUGAAGUGGCUUCAACUAUCGCGGAGUCUGAAAAUGAUGAUACAAAUUUGUAAACAUAUAGUUAAUGAUAGUUUAUAUUUUACAGAUAUAUUAUUUGAC